AUGUUGAGUAACAGUUCAAGAAGCUUAGAGAACAAUGUCUCCUGCUUUCGCUUUCCUGUAUUUCAAACGGACAACAUCCCCGAGCUUAUCGUCGGUUUUAACAGUACUGUAAAUUUCCCACUGUCAGUGUUAACAAUUGUAGGCAACACCUUGGUUUUGGUAGCCGUAUGGAGAACACCUUCUCCUUGUUCGCCCUCCAUCAUAUUACUUUGUGGUCUCGCAACGACAGACCUUGCUGUGGGCCUCUUGCUUCGGCCGUUGUUUUUGUCUAUGGAACUCACGCUCCUCUCGAAUUCGUCGGCUUAUAACUGUGUGUUAGGAAAGGCAUUCAACACUAGUUCCUAUACUGUCUGUGGAGUUUCCCUGGCGACUCUUACAGCUAUCACUAUAGACAGGCUACUAGCGCUAAAAUAUCAUAUGAGGUACAGCAGUAUCAUGACCAUACAGCGAGCAUUUUGUGUUAUCGCAAUGAACUGGUUGACAAGUAGUUUUCUGGCAAGUCCUAUACUAUGGACUUCAAAGUUAUUGUUUCUUUUUGUCAUGGCUUUAGUCGUGGCCAUUUUUCUAUGCUUUUCAACAUCCGCGUACAUAAAUAUUUCCUACAUAAUCCGUCACCACAAACGACAAAUUCUCGCACAAACAAGAGCAGUUCAAGAUAAUUCGCGCAUAAAUAUAACGCGUUUCAAGAGAACAGCAUUCAAUACAUUCUUGGUCCACUACUUUCUCCUUAUUUGCUACAUCCCCUUUUUCGUAACCUUGCUGUUGCAGGGAGACGAAUAG